AUGCUCCCUCGCCUGCUGGCCACGCAGGUCGAAAUCCAGAACUCGAUGCUGGCGCACUAUUAUACCGCCAUCUACAACUACAGCCAGGAGGAGAAGUUUCCCUCGCCGCCCCUGCCCAUGGAGCAGAUUGUGCUGGACUGGCAGCGGGUUCUGCUGCCGGUCCAAGAAGAAGUCGAGGGCUUCGGCUGCCUCGCCAAUGGCAAAGUCGUCCGACAACAAGGUACCGAUGAUAGCCGCAACGGCAGUAGCCAUCGCCCCGGCAGCGCAUCCAAUGGAGCCAUGUCUCGGCGUCGCUCCAGCGGUCAACUCUCGUCACGCAAUACGCAGCAACGCGCGACUUCCCCGGCCCCCAAGAUCCCUGCUGCCCCGUCGCCAGCAUUCGAUACGAAGCCCCGGUUGAACGACGUAGGCUCUCUUUCGUCUUCCCUCAACACCCCUUCUACCCACCUCUCCCCGAACAGCUAUCACACGCCGGCGUCCGAGCGUCGUCCCUCGUCCUCCGCGGGCCUCUCGCCCGCGAGUGCCCGAACUGACUACUUUGGUCGCAAUCCCACCCCGUCCGGCAGCGGGGCCACUUCCCCGGGCUACAGCGUCCUAGCAGCCGCGGUGGGCAAGAAGAAGCCGCCGCCGCCGCCCAAGCCCCGCGCCGCCUCGAACCAGGCCAUGUAUGUGACGGCUCUGUAUGAUUUCGGCGGCCAGAGCGCCGGGGACCUGGCCUUCCAGGAAGGGGAUCGUAUUCGCGUUAUUGAGAAGACCGACAGCACGGACGAUUGGUGGGAGGGCGAGCUGCGCGGGGUGAAGGGGAGUUUCCCGGCCAACUAUGUGGAAUGA